UUAAAAAUCCAAAUUAUGUAUAUGUUGACUGAAUUUAUAUUUAUUUUUCUUUUAUUCUGCUGCUCCUGCUCAAUUUCAAAAUCAACUUUUGCUGAUAUUUACGAUGGUGUCAGUAAUGAUGGCGAUGAUGAUAUCAUUGAUUCAGCAAUUGAUGCAAUAAUAGUAGCAUCGGCGGGAGCUGAAGAUAUAUUAGAUUUGGGCAAUUUGAACCAAAAUACAACAGACUUUAUGAAAACGCUCAUUCUGGUUGGGGGAAUCGUUGCGAAAGAGAUUAACCCUAAAGAAGGUUCCCCAAGUUAUAAACAAUUGGAAAAAUUCAGAACCAGAACUGAAGAAAUUUGGUCAUUGAGAUCCAGAGACAGUAAAAUUAGAAACUACCAAAUUCACGAUGCAAUUGCGUUAUAUUAUGAUGAGGUUACUGAACCAAUUAUGAUGUUAAAAAAGCUAACUGAUCAAAUUCUCAACCCAAACCUUUACAAAUCUGAACAAGACAUCAAAUAUUUUAAAAUAAAAUGCGAGAUGUAA